GGACGAUUUUGCAAAGCUUAGUAAAAUAACACAAACUGAGUUCAGUGUAACAGUAUGGGGCACGAAUUGUAUACAAUGGGCACGUAAUACACUUCAUACCAAUCACUUUCGACGGAAAAGGGGAUGAAAUUAUGGUGAAGUAGUGUUAAACUGUUAACUGUAAUGAGUGAGAUGAUACAUAGAAUUGUGUUCAAAAUUGGAAUGGCAACAUUUCCCUGAUUGGGCCAUAUCCAUGAUGAACCCUAUAAACAACAACAUUACAAAAGAAUUAACACUUCCUAUUCCGGGUGAUAUCGGGAUAAAUGAACAUCAUCAAGAAACAAUAAUAAAUUACUUGAGGUUUGCCCGAUACAAUCGUGGACAAUGCUUACGUUCCGUGGAUGCAUGUUUUGAAGAAUAUAAAGACGGUCGCUUGGUUGAAGAUACAUAUACUUUGGAAGAAGUCCUAGAAAUGCUUCACAGCUUGCAGUCUGUUGUUAAAGGGGAAGUGGAAUCAGAGUUAAUAAACACCGCGCACACGAAUGUUCUGCUAUUGAGGCAACUCUUUUCUCAGUCGGAAAAAUGGUAUCUUAAUCUGCAAGCUGAUAUAUCUGAAUUAGAAAAUAGGGAACUUAUUGAAGAAAUCGCGAAGUUCGAAGAAAGAGAAUUCUCAGCAAAGAAGACUGUUUCGCAGACGUCUGUUUCGUCCAAGUUAGCUCAAAAACCGAAGCUCGAACCUCUUAGUGAUGGCAGCGGUUCAACACUGUUGCAAAUGGAAAUCAAUAGACUCCAAGAAGAAAAUGCUAGGUUGAAAGAAAAAAUUAAAAUGAGUGAAUCGAUGGCGGCCUGUGUACUGGACGAGAGAAGUAAGUUGAAAGCCGAUCUGGAAAAGACCCAGUCACAACUGUCAACAAUGUCGCAAUCUGGGGAUGGAGAGGAAAUCAAGGAACUGGAGAGGAGAAUGCAAACAGUAACAAUGGAAAUGGAAAAUGUUAGAAAAGCUAGUUCCACUGGCGGUGGUAAAGUUGCCGAAAUAGGGGAGCAACUCUCAAAUGCCAAGCAUGAAAUCCUGCGGUUACAACACGAUUUGCAAGAGAAGGAAAAAGAAUUGACGAAAAAAUUUAAUGAAACGACACAAUAUACAAACAUGAAGCAAAUGCUACAGACCAAGAAUGAACAGAUGAAGAAACUUAGGCAAAGACUAAAGAAAUACGAGCCCAAUUUUGAAUCGUGAUAUCAACUGGUCGUAGCUUGCUGAAUUUCUUUCUGAUUCCAUGAUGUUGAUAAUGCAUAUUGAAAUGGUCCAUCUUUAUUGACUUUGAACCUUUUUACUAUUACAAUGCUGUAAAUUUUUAAAGCUGUCAAGUUAGUCACUUUGACACUUUCGUGCAUUAUCAUAUGUCGGCUAAGGUUUAGGGCAGCGUUAAUAAAUUAUGUUGCAUUUUUAAGUCACGAUGCUUUAUAGCUGAACUUUAAUUAUUUCAGUAUUUAAUGAACAUUAUGAAGCUUAUUAUUCCGGUUAUCAGUCUAGAUACAGGCACAUGUGAAAACAGGGGUGUUAUUUUAUGGAAUGCAAUGGAAUAUAAUAUUGUUUAAUUAUUAUAGUGCUAUGACCUUUGCUACUCCGAUUGUGUUAGGCUGUUCUGAACGUCGUAUUUUGCGUGUCGAGCAAAAGAGUUAUAAUGAGGUCUUGCAUCAUAGCUGUGGCCGCAGUAGCCUUGCCAUGCAGCAUGAUGAUUUAUCCCGCUAUAGCUAUACUAAUAUUUUGGUCUUCAUUUGAGUGUGAAGACAAUAAAUUUCUAAAUAUAUUAUAAAUAUAACUC